AGACGAACACGGAGAGCACACCGCCAGUUUGGUACCGAAGGAUUGAGGAAUCAGUCCGUCGCGAACCUCCGCGGCCGUCGAGUGCAGCCUUCGUCGCGUUUCACGUUCCGCGAUCCCGUUGUCAAACCCGACCUUUUACUUGUCGUACGACGGAGAAACAUCCUCUCCGCCGACGGUGUACUUUGUGAAAUUAUAAUUUCUAGGAUGGGGGACACAGUUGUACCUACAUAGGGAUGGAACGACGAUGAGACGAUCGUGACGAUUUCUGUCUCCAGGAGUUUAUAACACAAGUUUUUAGUGCCUGCGUAUACGAAACACGAGUUUUUAAGACUUUUUUAAGAACACAGAAAACACACCAUGUGGAAGACUGUGAUCACAAUUUUGUGUGCCAUAGGCACGGUUUUGGCGCAGUACAGUCCCCAGAGCGUUCAAGUACCCGAAAUACCGACGUUCAGAAACCGAACGACGAAUUCGAGAUCGAAAUUGAUGAUGAGACGAUACGAAUGUCCGGAAGGAUUUGUGCGACUGAAACGUGACUGCUUUUACUUCAGCGCCGGUUUAGCCAACUGGCAGGAAGCCCACUUUCACUGCCGGGACAGACACUCGACUCUGGCAACCCUUACGAGGAAGGGCAUGAACAAAAAAUUAAGGAACUACCUGAUGCUACCACAUUUCAGGCCGUUCGAACGGUGGAUCGGCGCCAAAUUCAACUGGCCUGAAAUGAAAUGGACAUGGGGUGUAACGGGGGAAGCAAUAUCCUACAACGGAUUUGGCAAUUUGAAAUUCAAGAACCAGGAUACCUACAAAUGGCACUGCGCGGCCAUAAAUCCGAGACGAAACUACCGUUGGUCUCCGAGGGAGUGCAUCAAGGAAAUGCCCUACAUUUGUCACACAAAAGUGGGACGAAUAGUCAAAGGCCGUAAACGGCCACCCGGAGAUGCGAGAAGACAACGGAAACACAGAGGUAGGAAGGAACGGAAGCAACGAAUAAGGCCUCAAUCAAAUGGAAAUGAAACUUUGGCCGAAAACUCAAUCGACGGGAACGAAGUAUUGAUAACGGAAAGACGACGACCGGGGAGAACGCCGAAGAGAUCGUAUCCGAUGUCGGGAAACGGGAUGAAAACGGGAGUGGAAACACCUUCGAGAACUAGAUGGGCGCCAGGCGCGGAAGCGAGCGACAGGUUGUACCCGAUUCAACCGAAAGGAAACAAGGAGCCAGAACAAUGGGUCAGUGCUCCGGUUAAAGCCGCAAUAUUGGCGAAAAACUCUCUGGAUUCGCCGAGCAAAGAGACUUCGACAGAAAGUCCCAUGAGACCCGAGUCUAAGCCGAAGGAUCUUGCUGCAGAACCGAAGGAGACGUUUAUCCAACUUCCGUUAAGCAACUUCUUCGACGAAGAAGUAUUGCUAAAAAAUUAGACCGAGAGAAGGGGAUUUUAAAAAAUUUUCGGUCGAAACAAUUCGCAGCAUUUACAAAUACCUAAUUAUUAAACGGUGACAACGCAUCGCGAAUAAAUUCGUCCGCGGAUAAACGCCGCGGCUGGAUCCGAUUAACCCUAACGAUAUAUAUUAUAUAUAUAUAAACACAUAUAUGUAUGCAUGUAUGUGUAAUGUAAUUUAUUGCAAACGAAUCCUACCCGCUACUUAAAAUGAAUAUCCAAGUACAAAUGAAAAUACAAAAAUGACAUAAAAGAUCACAGUGAUAUGCGAUCGCUGUGUCAAAAUCGGUGCCAAAUUUCAGCAUUACGCGAAUAUUUUUGCAUCGAUCAUCGUUACAAUUUUGGUAAAGAGAAAUAUUUGAAAACUGAGAAAAACAGACCGCUUUACGUAAAAAAACAGUAAUAGACUUACAAUUAUGUAUUAUUAAGUUCUGAAAUAUACUGUAGCAGUGAAUAUAAUUAAUGGAAAUACCUAUAUUUAUAUCAAGUCAGAAAUUACGCUUUUACGAAUGGAAAGAAUGAGAACAGCAGAUAUUCGCCAACCUGAAAUAUAAACGCGUCACAAAAAUUUUCAUGAUUCACGGAAGAAAUUAAUUAAAAAGCACAUACGAUUUUUCGUAUUUUACGGCAGUAAAAGAGACCUUAUCUUACGAUGAUAAUUCAGAAACAUAACUUCAGAAAAGGGGAAUAUCCGCUAAACGGUUCUAUAUGUGCAGACUUUGAAAAAGUCGCUAAUGUUACUGUUACUUAAUAAUUCUAUAUGCUCGAUGUAUGUAUGAACUAUUUCAUUACGCUUUUCUAUUGUACAUAGAACAAGUGAAUGCAUACUUAGACAGAUCUGUGUGCCAAAAAGCAACUCAAGUGGCACAAUAAUCGACUGUUUGUACAAAUUAGCACGUACUUUAAUUUUGCUAAAACUUUUCUCCAUCCCAGAAUCUGUAGUACCUAUUUCACCGCUUCUAGCCGCGAUUUUCAAUGCAGAUAUACACGAUUUCAUUGAAUUAUUUAGAAACGUUGUGUAAUAAUUUAUGUAUAAAACGGAAUAAAAUUCCUACCUUUAUGUACGUGA